AUGCCGCGGCAUGCAUGGAGCCUCGCCCAAGACUCCCGUUCGAACGUGAACGUACUCCGAGUCGCUUCAGUCAUGGCGUCGAACGGGAUUCAUGCCAGUGCUCGUGCAAUGUUCUGCUCUUUCACUGCGAUAAAGUGGCAAGGGACGCACGUACACCGAUUACAACAACAGCGAUGCCGCCUCUUCCGAUUGCAUGCGGAGCAGACGCCCGCUCUUGUCAGGAAGCAGCGUUCACACAAUCGUGUGGAGCAAGCGCUACCACUACCCACGCGCGACUUGGCACAGCUCUUUGCAUACGGAUGCGUGGGCGUUCCCGCGGUUGCCCAUGCAUCGGUGACGACAACAGCAGAGGUGGCGAACACCACCGCGCCUCGGAUCGUCGGCGGUCUGACGUUCCUGCUGACGCUGGUAGGGUUCGUCAGGUUCAUGGUAGCGAGUGGGCGCCCGCGCAUCGAACAAACCAACUAUACCUUUAUUGACACAAAGGAGAGUGAUAUUGUAACCAUCGAGAAACUGGUAGGUGACUACCUUACUGCGCGGAAGUACGUGCCGCGCGAGCGAGAGGCCUCCCGGGUACUCGUCUUUCGCGGACGCACGCAACCGAGUGUCGCGAUCGGGGCGUUUCUCGUUUUCUGCGCAGCAGGCGGGUUGUACGGGUUCGCCUUGGCUGCCAAGGUUCUGCUUCCUGGUAACAGCGACUGGUGGUAUGCGCUAAUACUGCUGUCGCCGCUGAUGUGGUUCUACUAUUGGAACACAAACCAACGGGAGGAGGAGUUCCGUUUUCGAGUCGAUCCUGUGUCGUCGGACUCGAAAGCGAUCCUGUACGUCAAGGGUCCGCGAGAUGAAAUCGAGGCGAUGGAGUCUGAACUGAAGCUGGUGCGAAAUCGACCCGAGGAGUAA